AUGGCAUCCAAAAUCGUCCUAGUAACCGGUGCCAACAACGGCAUCGGCUACGAGACAGUCAAAGCGCUACUCCAAUCCACCAAAGCAACCUACCACAUCUUCCUAGGCAGUCGGUCCCUCGAAAAGGGCAAAAAGGCUCUAGAAGCUCUCAACACCGAAGUCCCCAAUACGAAAAGCAGCGUUGAACUCCUCCAGCUUGACCUAACCGACGAUGCAUCUAUUGAGACAGCUUAUGAGACAGUGCGCAAUAGCCAUGACCACAUUGAUACUCUCGUGAACAAUGCCGGAGCUAGCUUUGACGGCGAGUUCCUCGCAGGUCGCGUGUCACUCCGCGAAUGCUUCACCAAAGCAUACGACGUCAAUGUAGCUGGUACACAUGUCUUGACCUACACCUUCAUACCAUUACUGUUGAAGUCGGCAGAUCCGCGAUUAGUCUUCGUGGCGGGUCUGUCCCAGAUCACCCAGGCUGCUGAAUCCUACUUCCCGACACCGCCACUGCCGGCGGGUUGGCCGAAGAAUGUUGAUUUUGAGACUAUUGGGUAUCGGUGUAGUAAGACGGCUCUGAAUAUGCUGAUGUUGGAUUGGAAUCAUAAACUCAAGGCGGAUGGGGUGAAGGUCUGGGGUGCUGGGCCGGGAUUUCUGGCGACGGGCUUGGGUGGUUUGACCGAGAAGAUUAGGGAGAUGGGUGGCGGACAUCCUAGUAUUGGGGGUGAUUUUAUUAAGGACGUUGUGGAGGGGGUUAGGGAUAGUGAUGUUGGGAAGUUGGUGCAGAAAGAUGGGAUUCCGGCUUGGUGAGUGGUUG